AUGCUGCGCGUGCAUUGCGGUACUUGGUUUGGAAGCAUUUCCGUGCAAGAAGCAGAGGCGAGCGACCAGGAAGGCGGGUUGAAGAUGCCCUCGCUCAAGGACGGGUUUGAGUUUGCAGAGGUUGCAGACACGACUAUAGCACAGUUUGUUGAGGAGCUCAAAUUCUGUCACGACGAACGCGGCGAUGUCAACGCUCUUCAUGCCCACGUUGCGCUGUCCAUGCUGCUCGCCUUGUACAAGCAGGAUAAUGACCCGGUAUAUGUCGGCGGGAACACCUUGCUCAGACGCAUUGCGGAAUGGGCCGACGGACCUGCUGGCGUCGCAUUCGAUGAGGAAGGCAAUUGCAAAGCAGUCGGGCUGCGGUCGGCCGUGCUUAAUCUAUCUCUUGGCAAGAUUGAGGAAGCUGUGGCUGCAGCGGCAGAGGCUGGGCAUUUACGCUUGUCUCUUCUAAUCGCAAGGGCCUUGGAAGCGCCGAAGGAGGGUUUGCGAGAAGAUGCGUUGGCGCAAUUGGAUGCGUAUGGCCUGCUUCACGAGCAGGAGGAAAGCAAUCGCUCCUCAGCCGAAGACUCCACCUCCGACGCCGGAAUCGACUGGGAUGCAAUUUUGAAAGAUUGUCCUUACGAUGCCGAGGUAACCGUGGAUGAGAGAAUGAUCCUUCUCAUGUUAACUGGACAAGUAGGGUGCGUGGCAAGCUUUCUCGGGCUUUCGUGGUACAGGCUCUUCAUCAUGGAAUUUUUCCAUGGGGCCGGAUCGUCUGACCUCACGCAAGCGGAAAGGGUGUCCGCUGCUGUUAACGCGAUUGAUGAAGAGAGGAUAUCAACACUUGCACCGCAUGGAUACGGCCAAGCUAUUGACGUAGUGUACCAUCUACUGCGUUUGUACGCAGAUCCGACAGCCUCAUACCCUCUCACGGCUGGCGUAUACGAGAACGAAAGUGUUGGGGCGAUCUACUCCCCUCUUGAUGCGCGAUUCUCGUGGCUUAUUUACCAAGUUCUUACUGCAGUCAUCCCGCAAGCGUCGACGCCGAACGCGCCGCAGAUGCUUGCGGACGAAUUUUCAUCUCAACUGCGAGCGGCAGGGCUUCAUUUGUGGUCCUUCUAUGUUCUAUGCAGUGGCGGCGCGCCCGCGCAUGUGAUGAGAAGCGUUUUGAUGCGAGACUGGCCGAACAUGUUGAACGAUGUUGUGGAAUGGACCCCAGCAGGCGAAGCCGAUUCGGCCGGUGGCAUGCGAGACGACGAACACGGGGAAAGAGGUAUGGAUUCCAACUUGGAAGAACUGGCCGGCAAACUCGACGCUGAGACAUUCCUAGAAGACGUGCUAGGUGUCCCGAAACCUUGGAUUGCCGAAGCAAAGGCGAUUGCAGCUCAUGUCGAAGAAGACUUAUUCACCGAAUGUAAGCACUGGACUGCGUGCGGGACUGAGAAUGGUGCAACUCGGGCUCACGAGCUUUUGUCGAAACACGUGUUUCCCGAAAUGAUAGCUUGCAAAGACGGAUCGCAAUUGGAGGAGGUGGCCAGCGUGUUGCGACAACUGGAGGGCUUUAAGCACGUUGCCAACUGGUCAAUCAGCGGAGGGCUUAUCUUGAACUACCUAGAAGACACAGUGGAGAAGCGAGGCAAGAAGCGGCAACCACUGUCUGUGUAUCGGGCGAUGGUAGACAGAGUAUGCGCAUACGCGGCGCGUGCAUCAACUCCCGAACAGGUGUAUGCGGGUAGCGUGAUGGCGGACGAGAUUGCGACAGCCGAACGAGCGGUUCUGUUUGACGCCAAAGGGGAAGAGCGGGAGGAAAUGGUUGAGUUUUUGGUGGAAGACCUCGAAAGGCUGCCGUGCAGUAAGUCUGUGAAGGUAAGAAUCACAGGGGAAUAUAAGACUGAGAUGAAGCGUGGGCAAGCCGUUGCGAGGCGUUUCUCCACGGCGCAUGUGCCGUACUCGCGAUUUGUGCAGUGAGCGGAAGGUUGGGUUUGCUGGUAAUAGAUGUAUGGGGAAGCAUAAGAGCUGCCAUCUAGGUUUGGGAGUAAAAAGGUCAGUUUGUAAGGAA